ACACUCAUUACAUUCGCUCGGUUCUCUUCGAGUAGAUCGAAUAUAUCUGAAAUAAAAAUGGCGGACGCAGCUCCAGCCGUUCGUGGUGGAUUUCGUGGAGGCUUUGGUUCUCGUGGGGGUGACCGCGGGGGUCGUGGAGGCCGCGGACGUGGUCGUGGUCGCGGCCGUGGUCGUGGCAAGGAAGACGCCAAGGAAUGGGUGCCAGUUACCAAACUCGGCCGUCUUGUAAAAGAUGGUAAAAUUACAUCUUUAGAAGAGAUCUAUCUCUUCUCUUUGCCCAUCAAAGAGUUUGAGAUUGUUGACUUUUUUAUUGGUACUUCGCUUAAAGAUGAAGUACUCAAGAUAAUGCCAGUCCAAAAGCAAACACGUGCUGGUCAGCGUACUCGCUUUAAGGCAUUUGUUGCUAUUGGCGAUAGCAAUGGACAUAUUGGACUUGGUGUCAAGUGCUCCAAGGAAGUAGCAACUGCCAUUCGUGGAGCUAUAAUCCUUGCUAAGCUGUCUGUUGUUCCAGUACGUCGUGGGUAUUGGGGCAACAAAAUUGGUAAACCACAUACAGUACCUUGCAAAGUCACUGGUAAAUGUGGUUCAGUCCAGGUGCGUCUCAUCCCUGCACCAAGAGGUACUGGUAUCGUUUCUGCUCCUGUCCCCAAGAAAUUGCUGCAGAUGGCAGGAAUUGAAGACUGUUACACAUCCGCACGAGGUUCUACUUGUACUUUGGGUAACUUUGCAAAGGCUACUUAUGCAGCCAUUGCCAAAACUUACUCAUAUCUUACUCCAGACUUGUGGAAAGAAAUGCCUUUACAAAAAACACCUUAUCAGGAAUAUGCAGAUCAUUUGGUAAAAAACCAUCGUGUUGUAUCAAGCCGAUCUGCUGCUGAAGUUUUAUAACUUUGACAAUCUUCUAUUUCAACAGAAAAAUAAAAAUUCAUGAAAUUUUAAAUAGA